CCGAAAUUAGCUGAAAAAGUUUUUAUUUGACGCGUUAGAUCGGUAAAACUUUCCAUUUUGUGUAUUUGAGUGGUUGUUGCCAAAAUGAAGACAGUUCAGAAGUGCGUAAUUCCUGGCUGCGAAAAUCGUUCCGGUGUAGCCGGCUACAAAGUAAAUUUUUUUUCCGUUCCAUCUACCGGGCACAAAGUUUAUUCGCGGUGGACCAAAUACAUGGUCCUAUCCGGAGACCGCAAGGAGAAAAUUUGCAGCCAACAUUUUGUGACCAGCGAUUUUAUAGAAAACACACGAUGGAAACUCAGGAAGACCGCAGUUCCAUCAGUGAAGCUGGAACAUUCGGUGAAAUAUGGAGGAUCCUGCUGCGUCACUAAAUGUAAACCCAGCAAACGAAAGACAAGUUUGCACCGUUUUCCGACUGGAAAGCAAAUCCGACGUAGGUGGAAGAUUGCCUUGGGUUUGAAAGAAGCUGAUGACACAACAGGCCUACUGAUUUGUAAUCGUCAUUUCAUGUUAUCUGAUUUUGUUAAAGUGACUUCCAGAUACUUGAAAGCUACCGCAGUUCCGUCCAAGAAGAUUAGUCGGAUAAUAAAGCUUCCACGAAGGGAUUUAAAGAAGCUAAAUUUGCCAAUCCACUUAGAAGAUCAUAAUUAUAGUGAGUAUGCCUGCCCACCGCGGAGUAACCGGAUAUGUUACGUCGAAGGAUGUCGAUCGAAAACGGAAGGGGACAUAAAACUACAUAAGUUUCCUGGUCGCAAAGAUGUUAGAUUCAAGGAGUGGAUACGAGUUUUAAAGUGUUCUAAACUACCUACGGCGAACUCUAAAGUGUGCAGUUUACACUUCUCGAAAUCUAAUUAUUUUCCCGGUGGAUCACGUUUAAAACGAGACGCCAUUCCAUCGUUGAAUUUCUCAACCGGCUCGGACUCAACAAGUUCUUCUGAAGCUAGCCCCACGCACGGUUCUACCUACUGCCACGAAGAGGAUCGAGCGAAGAAAAAUACUUCAAGUGACCGGAUUUCGGAGAACCAAUCCACGCAUGUGCCGGUUUUCGUGGUGGAUUCGUGUGAGGAUCAUAACGAUGGUGAAAUCGGUGGAAAUAGAUCAAAUGAUUUUGCGGUUGGCCAGAGCUUUCAAGAAAGUCAAAUUUUAAACGAUACUCUACUGCUUGACACAUCUCAGCUUUCGAUAAAUACACCGAUUGCGGAGAGCACCGCUAAAAAACCACCUGCGGAAAAAGAUAGUUUGCAGAAUUCAGUUAAGGCAAGCUUCAAAUCUGCAAUAUCUAACUCACAAACAAAGAGGUUAACAUUUGGACUGCGUGCCAACUCUAGUCUUGUUGGAAGAAAUUUGUUUAGCUUGUAG